CAAUGCAGUCGCGAUUGCUUGUACCGUGCGGACCUGACGCGUUAGAACCUUCGACAGACUGUUUUUCAAGAUAGCGUGGCUCAAGAAGAUACUGAUCAUAUUAUUUGAAUAGUCAGCGGUAUAGCAGCACAGACUGUACGCCAGGCACUCCUUAGACUUGGCCUGAGAUUUGUCUUCAGAUCUCCAAACCGGAUUCUGCGUGGCUGAAGGCAUCUGGAUCUUGAACACCCCCGUGGACCACAAAACGAUCCACACGGUUGGUCCCCCGGUCAUGGGGAGCUGUGGAAGCUGAGUCGCAAUGUGUCAGAGCAAGCUGGAGGCCAACCAUGACCUCCAUGGUACACCCAGAAUGGCCUUAACAUCUGCUCCCUCUGUCCAGGGAAUGUUCUCCCUUCUUGGGUAGCCCUGGGCUACCCCUGGCCCUCUCAUGGAGAAAUACAACACCAUUUACAUGUCUGUGAUGUUCACCCAGUUCGAAAAAAGAAGAUGAAAUUUCCCUUCAUUUUGAUGGCUCUACGGAAUACAAAGAGUUGUGAGAAAUUGACCCAGAUGCAUCUUGGGAAAGGCAUUGGAGAAUCUGCAGUAAGCAGCUGAGGUUCUGCUCUCUUUGUUUUAUUUAUUAUCUUUCCCCCUACACUGCAGGCGUAACCUUUAACCUUUUAACCUUUCGCAAUGUGGACAAGGUCGCAGCAUGGGCGCUGAUCCUCCUUAUCGACACACUGAUCACGCUGGUGCUCAAUCCGAAGGAGAGUGACCACGCGCGAUUGUGAGCUGCCGCCGUGGCAAUGCAGCGCAACGGGGGAAUGGCGGGCAACGGUGGUCAGCCAUGGGUGUUCCGUCGCGUCCGCCUCACCUGGCUCAGCUUCAUGCUCUUCUUCAUCCUGGUCUUCUUCCCACUCAUCGCCCACUACUACCUCACCACCAUCGACGAGGCCGGCGGGCCAGACAAGCGCAUCUUUGGGCCGCGGCCCGGCGGCGAGCUGUGUGAGGCCAAGCACGUGCAGGACCUGUGUCGCAUCCGCGAGUCGGUCAGCGAGGAGCUCCUCCAGCUGGAGGCCAAGCGGCAGGAACUGAAUGGCGAGAUCGCCCGGCUCAACCUGCGCAUCGAGGCCUGCAAACGGAGCAUCGACAGCGCCAAGCAGGACCUGCUGCAGCUUAAGAAUGUCAUCAGCCAAACUGAGCACUCCUACAAGGAGCUCAUGGCCCAGAAUCAGCCCAAGCUCUCGCUACCGGUCCGCUUGGUGCCGGACAAAGAUGACGCCGGUCUUCCCCCUCCUAAGUCAUCACGGGCGUGUCGCCUCCGGUCGUGUUUCGAUUAUGCCCGGUGCCCCAUGACGUCAGGGUUCCCGGUCUAUGUUUACGACACAGGGUCAUAUACCUGGGGAGAGAACCUUGACCCGCUGGUCAAGCAAGCUUUUGCAGCGUCGGUUAAAAGCAACAUCUAUGUGACGGACAACCCAAGCAUCGCUUGCCUGUAUGUGGUGCUUGUAGGGGAGUUGCAGGAAACACCGGGUUCCCCUCCCCCCUCUCCUGUAGACCUGGAGAAGCAGCUUCGGGAGCUACCUUACUGGAGGUCCGAUGGCCAUAACCACCUUUUGGUCCACCUGUCGAGAAAGUCCCUCACACAGAACUUUCUGUAUAAUGUGAGCACAGGGCGGGCAGCUGUGGCACAGUCCACCUUCUUGGAGCGACAGUAUCGGGAAGGGUUCGACCUUGUGGUGUCCCCGCUUGUCCACGCCCUCUCAGAGCCCAACUUCCUGGAGGUGCCCCCUCAGGUUCCGGUGAAGAGGAAGUAUCUCUUCACCUUCCAAGGCGAGAAGGUGGAGUCGUUGAGGAGCAGCCUGCUAGAGGCCCCACCGCAGUCCUUCGAGGAGGAGAUGGAGGGAGAUCCGCCUGCUGAUUACGACGACCGCAUCAUUGGCACCUUGAAAGCGGUCCAGGACAGCCACCUGGACCAGGUACUUGUAGAGUUCACGUGUAAGAACCGGCCGAGGCCCAGCCUGCCAACCGAGUGGGCCUUGUGUGGGGAGCGCGAAGAGAGGCUGGAGGUGUUGAAAGUCUCUACGUUUGCCCUGGUCAUAGCUCCAGGGGAUGGGCAGCUGGUAGCUUCAGCUGGCUGUGGUAUGCGGCUCUUUGAGGCUCUUGAGGUGGGUGCCAUCCCUGUCGUGCUUGGAGACCACUCCAAGUUGCCGUAUCAUCAUCUAAUACGAUGGAGCGAGGCCACCAUCAUUGUCCCCAAGCCUCGCAUCACUGAACUACACUUCUUGCUACGCAGCUUGUCAGACAACGACCUGUUGGCCAUGAGGAGGCAAGGCAGGUUCCUCUGGGAGACCUACUUCUCCACCUCGGAGACGGUCUUCGGCACCAUCCUGGCCAGUAUUCGCACAAGCGUACAGGUUCCGGCGGCUCCAAUCAGGGAAGAGCCGGCGCAGGAGAUUCCGCACAAGGCCGGUAAGCUGGCUGGAACCGACGCCAACCUGGCCGACAACGGUGACUUGGACCUGGGCCCGGUGGAGACGGAACCCCCUUAUGCCUCGCCACGCUUCCUGAGGAACUUUACCUACACGGCGUCUGACGUGUACCGCACCUGGAAUCGGCCACCAGGCCCCUUCCACCUGUUCCCCCACACACCCUUUGACCCAGUGCUCCCUUCGGAGGCUAAGUUCCUGGGUUCGGGCACUGGCUUCCGACCCAUCGGCGGAGGUUCUGGAGGCUCUGGGAGGGAGUUCCAAGCUGCUCUCGGGGGGAACACCCCUCGUGAGCAGUUCACAGUAGUGAUGCUGACCUACGAGCGGGAGGAGGUCCUUAUGAACUCCCUGGAGAGGCUCAAUGGCCUCCCCUACCUCAACAAAGUUGUUGUCGUCUGGAACUCCCCCAAGCCACCCUCGGAUGACCUUAUCUGGCCGGACAUCGGGCUGCCUAUUGUGGUGGUGCGCACUGAAAAGAACAGCCUGAACAACCGCUUCCUCCCAUGGGAUGCCGUGGAAACGGAAGCUAUCUUGUCCAUUGACGACGAUGCCCAUCUCCGUCAUGAUGAGAUCAUGUUUGGCUUCAGGGUAUGGCGGGAGGCCAGGGAUCGUAUUGUGGGUUUCCCUGGCCGCUUCCACGCGUGGGAUGUCAACCACCAGUCCUGGCUCUACAACUCCAACUACUCCUGCGAGCUGUCCAUGGUCCUGACCGGCGCCGCCUUCUUCCACAAGUACUAUGCCUACCUGUACUCGUAUGUGAUGCCCCAGGCCAUUCGGGACAUGGUGGACGAGUACAUUAACUGCGAGGACAUCGCCAUGAACUUCCUGGUCUCGCACAUCACGCGGAAACCCCCCAUCAAGGUGACCUCUCGCUGGACGUUCCGCUGCCCUGGCUGCCCCCAGGCGCUCUCGCACGACGACUCGCACUUCCACGAGCGGCAUAAGUGCAUCAACUUCUUUGUGAAGGUGUACGGCUACAUGCCCCUGCUCUACACACAGUUCCGUGUGGACUCGGUGCUCUUCAAAACGCGCCUGCCCCACGAUAAGACCAAGUGCUUCAAGUUCAUUUAGCACACAUGGACACUGCAGAGGACUCUGCUGCAGUGGAUGAUGGGAGAUGGAGUAUUUAAUUUGGUACGGAUCAUAAGAGAAGGGGCAUACUGGACUACAUGUAGGAAAGCAUAUGUGAGUGAUGUUCUCAGACUCUACUCAUAAUGGGAGUUGUAAUAUUGGACAAGAAAAGAAACUGUUGCCAUCAGAAAAAAAUAUCUUUAUUUGUGUAUUUCAUUUUUGUUUUGCUGCCUUUUUUUCCCCCUUCUUUCUCAUGUCGGCUUCUGUGUACUUCCAUUGGCAACCACUACAGUUUUGCAUCUGCAUCACUUUUUGUUGGCUUAACAAAGCUGAUAUCAGUACACUAAACAGGCCGUCGGACGUGCUGGCAGAGAAUACUGAGCAUUUUGAACUGACACAACAUGGCUGACCUCUGACCCUACGGAGCUGGGCUGGGGCGGUCAGGCCUCCUCUGGGAGAUGCAGCAAAGGAUGUUGGGAGAAAACCGAGUGCAAGGACAAAUGGACCAUGUCCGAUGUACUUGGAAUUGUAACUAACUUUCUUUUUUUUUUUUUUUUUUUUUUUUUUAAAGGUCGUGUUAUGAUUUUUAUAUAUUCUACUUGUAUAUGAAAAAGCACUGAUGAUGGAUCUUACUUGGCGAUUAAUUUUGUUUGUUUGUGGUGUUUAUUCGUGUAAAACGAUGUGUAUGCGUGUGUAACAGAAUCACAGCCCCCUCCCCCACCCCCUUCUUCCCAGCAUUCACUGUACGUUAACUUUCAGCAAACUUGUUCCGCCUGGUCAUCUCCAAACUGGCCGUUUUUUUUUUAUCAUAGGUGUGGUCCUGUGUACUUCUUGGACUAAUCUUGAACACUUCUUGGCAACAGCAUUCUAGCAUUCUUAACCCAGAGUUGCAAAAGCUGGAGGAGGUGGGGAGUGAGGAGGAGGUGGAGACGGGUGGGUGGGGGGAGGAGGGGACAGAGGAGGGAAAACGGAAAAGCGCUGCCAGAAUCUCAUUUCUUCUCCUUCAUUUCCCCAUUUGACAAGACAGCCGGUAAUGUAAUGAAAUGAAGAAUGUCAACCAAAUUUAGACACUGAGGGUAAUUUGGCUUAUGCUACCAUCCUCCCCCCACUCCUCCUCUCACUUGUCUUUUCCACUAAACAUCAGCCGCGCUCUCUCUCUUCCUUCUCUCUGUCCCUUCUCUCUCUGCCUCCCUCCCUCCCUCUCUCUCUCUCCCCUCCCUCCCUCUCCUCCCUCCUCCCUCCCUCUCUCUCCCACACAUCUUCCUCUCCCCCUACCUGUAUCAUCUGGUUGGACAGGUGCUAGCACUGCUGACGCACCUCUGCUGAAUGCACCGUUGCUGCUGCUGCCUCUGAAGAGAUUCCAUGUGGUGUGGAGCGGGGGAGGAGGUGAGGGGUGUUCUCUAAACACAGUCCAGCCCUCUCCACCUCCCUCUCUCAUUCUUCCCACCCAUAGUAACCCAUUCAUCACCG